CCUCCCCUGGUACGUCAGCCGCGAGUGGAGGUGUCUUCUCUUAUCUGUAUCGCGUGGGUUUAGUCAAUCAAAACUCUUAGGAAUUGCGCCUUGCAACGAGGGACCCAUGGUGCCGUUGAUGAGAUUGAUACGAAUGAAGUCCCUACCCUUCACUUCUUUCGUCCGCAUCCAAAGCUUCGCCGACUUUCCGUGCUCAUUGAUGCUUUUAUGAAACCGCCCAGUAUCACCUUUGACAAGACGAUUUGAGAAUCCCACGUCUCGACUAGCAUCAUGGCUGAUAUCGACAACACAAAGCCGACGGAGUUGCAUCCGACCGAGGCCGUUUCCAGCCCGGACAAGCUAUCCACUUCAACCACAUCUGCUGUAUCUCCAGCGGAGGUAGAACCGCCAGCUGAUGCUGCAAAGCCACAACAACCAAAGACCGGCGUCGACGCUGCUCUGGACCUACUCAACGAGACUGGACGUCUGAGCCAGACAGCCGAUCCGGAGCUGAACCAAAGGCUGAAGCGCCGUAUCGACACCCACAUCAUGCCUCUGAUCUACAUCGUGUACUUCCUGCAGUAUAUUGACAAGACAUCCAUUUCCUACGCCAGCGUGACUGGCAUCCAGCAAUCCACCGGCCUCCACGGCAACCAGUUCAACUGGGUUGCGUCCAUCUUCUUCUUUGGCCAGCUCGCGUUCGAGUUUCCCAGCAUCCGGCUCAUUCAGAUGUUCCCUCUGGCAAAAUACACCUCUAUAAACGUUACUCUGUGGGGCCUCGUCCUGGCUUGUCUUGCGGCUUGCAAGAACUAUGCUAGUCUUCUGGUCUGCCGGGUUCUCCUCGGCGUCCUCGAAGCUGCUGUUGUUCCGGCCUGGGUUCUCUUCACUUCGCAGUGGUACACCAAACAAGAGCAGACUUUCCGCGUCGGCGUUUGGUUUUCGGUGUGUGGUGCAGCUCAGAUGUUUGGGGGCUUUUUCGCAUACGGUGUUGCAGUCCAUGUCGGAAAGGACCCCGACGCCGCUCUCCGUGGGUGGCAGAUUAUCUCCCUGUUCCUCGGCCUACUGACAGCUGCCGUCGGAGUUGCCUUUUGGUUCAUCAUGCCAGACUCGCCAGCUUCCGCAAAGUUCCUUUCCCAGCAAGAAAAGGCAGCCCAUCUCGAGCGCAUGCGUGAUAACGAGCAAGGCAUUGGCUCGCAGCAGUUCAAGUGGAAGCACGUCAAGGAGGCUCUUCUCGACACGAUGACCUGGCUUUACGCCUUCUGGAUGUUCGCAGCCAACAUCCCCAACUCCAUCGCGACUAGCUUCGGCAAUAUCCUUGUGGAAGGCAUGGGCUACACGGGCGAGGAAUCGUUGCUCCUCGUGAUCCCACUCGGAGCCUAUGAGAUUGUUGCACUGAUCAGUCUGACGUGGUUGGCAAUGAAGACACGGCAGCGGCUUUACUGGUGCAUUGCCGGUCACAUUCCUGCCAUCAUUGGCGCCAUUCUGAUGGCGACUAAUACUUCAAAGGUGCCCGCCCUCAUCGGAUAUUACACUUCGGGAGGUAUCCCGAUCGGAUGGACGACGAUCUUAGGCCUCCAGAGCUCGAACGUAGCCGGUUCUACCAAGAAGGUUACCGUUGCAUGCAUUGGUACAAUCGCAUACACGGUUGGUCACAUCAUCUCGCCCCAGACUUUCCAAGCCCGUGAUGCGCCAAGGUAUCUGCCCGCGAAGAUCUCAAUCUGUAUCAUCUACUGUUUGGUCACGAUGGACUUGUUUGUGAUUCGAUGGGUACUGGAUCAUAGAAAAACAAAAAGCGUGAUGCGGAAAGGGCUGCGCCGGGGAAUGCAUACAAGGUGGAAGAAAACCAUGAGUUCUGGGAUCUCGCCGAUCUCGAGAACAAGGAACUUAGGUAUGAGCUUUGAUGGAGAGGGUCAGAGAGACACGUUUAUAUGUAGCGGGGUCAUAGAUCAUAACGCUAGAUAACGGUUAUGGUUGAUUGAGCCUCAAUUACGGAUAUCUCUACUUUCUAUCGAGUUUCUUGUUGUUCGUGCCCCACAAAACCAUACAAAGUUCAACUGAUACCCUUCUUUGCAAGACUAGAGCUGGAGAGUGUUAUCAGUUGCGGAAAUGGAUCACAGACUUCAC